AUGGGUGUAUCCCCCAAGUCCAGCCCUGCCGGUGCGUUUGCACGCACAGCUCCUGCCGUCAUGCCAGGUGACACUGGUGACACUCGGCCACAGCUGCAAAACACUGGCAACCUGCCUGUCCCCAGCCUGGCACAAUGGGGAGAGGCAGGGCCACCCUGGGCCCAGGAGCAGCCAGGGAGUGCUAGAGAAACUCCAGCUGAGCGCAGAAGCCCAGAUUUUGCCAAUGAGACGGUGACAUCAGCAACAAAGGCUCUCGGGCGGAUCUCCCACCAACUACACGGCUCGAAUGCCCCUCUCGGGCAGGAGCCGCGCGCGGUGCCCGAGCCGGGGGAACGCUCGGGCCCAAGCGGCGGCGAAGGAGCGAGGGAGGCGAGGACGCGGCUCCGGUUACGCCUCGCCCGCAGCCCGCGAGCCGCGCGGUGCCCGCGGCGGCGCACACACCGCCCCCCGCGGAGGCGGGAGGGGCCGCGCGCCGCCCUCCGCCCCCUCCCCCGCGCCGCACGCGUGGGGCUCCGCGGGCCGCGCAGCGCCCCGCCCGCAGCCGCCGCCCGCUGCGGGGAUCGGGAGCGAGCGGAGCGCAGCGGAGCGACACACGGCACUGCGGCGGCCGGGCCCCCACCCCUCCCCUCCCCGGGCCGCGGGGAGGCGGCGGCCGGGCGCCCCGGGCUGCGCUCGCACGCAGCUGCGACGCCCCGCCGCCCGCCCCCGCGGCCCGGCCCGGCGCUGCGCGGCGCGCACGGGCAGGCUCAGCCCCCGCGCAGAAAGUUAGAGAAGUUGCCCGCCUCGCCCCCUCCUUCCCCUCGCGUCCCCUGGGAGCGCGGAGCGGCGGCGAGGCGCCCUGCGCAGGGGGAAGGGGAGAGGGCGCCGGGCGGCGCGGUCCCUGCCCGGCGCGGAAGGGGGGCGGCCGGAGCGCGGAGCGGCCCGCGCCGCUGCGCACCGAGUCCUUGUCAGCCGGGGAGGAGGAGGCGGCGUGCGCCGCUCUGCUCCCCAAAUCACCCCUUUUGUCACCGGGGAGAGACCCUCCCUCAAGUUUCGCUAUCGCUGCGUGCUGGGGGUGAGGGGGAACGUCCUGAACAGUCCCUUCAAAAUCGCUCCCCGCUGCCCCAUCCUCCCCCGGCCCGGCCACGGCAGGCGCUGACCCCCAGAUCAGCCCCUCGCCUUCCCGGUUCCUCGCACUCUUCCCCCCCAGCCAGGGGCGCGGAGAGGCGGCACCCGACCUCCGCCUGGCCUGGGAGCAGGAAACCGGCCCCUCGGCCCGGCAGGGUGGGGUGCCGCGUCCCCCCCUCCUCCCUCGCCGAAACAGGGGGACGUCCCGGCGAAGUAACCCCGCGCGCCCACCCCCCACCGCCGGGCCGGGGGGUGCGAGCACGAUGCCCCGGCAAGGGGCGGCCCCGCGGUCCCUCGGCUCCCCGCGGAGGGGCCGCAGCCCCCGCCCCGCUCCCCCCGCCGCCGGCGCGGGGGAAGCCGCCUCGCCGCGGCCGCGGUGCCGCCCGCCAACGCCGCCCCUCCGCGCACCGGCGCGGCCGCGGGCGUCCCCCCGGCGCUACGCGGGGCGGCCGGGCAGGCGCGGGGGGCCCGGGCACACCCCCCGCCGCGCCGGAGCCGUUACCGGGGUCAGUGCCGUCUCCCGCCGCUGCCGCCGGCGCUGACCUUCGCUUUGUAAGAUGA